UCGUUUAUAUAAUAGAAAUUAAUUCGGAAUUGAAAAUUUUACGUCGACGUCUAUUGUUACUGUAGGUACUCAAGCUUAAAAUUUUCUUCAUACGGCUCGUGGAUUACCUACCAAGCUAUGGCCACUUAAAAUUUUUGUAUAUCCCAUCUGAAUAAAUAACUGCACAAGUUCUUAUCGUGUGUUUUAUUAUUUUAUUACUUGUUCUUAACUAUUUAACAAUGUAAUUUAUAAAUCUUUUUCACAGCGCGGCAUUCACAAACACAAUUUAUCUCUCCCACAAGUAAAACAAAAACCACUCUCAGUAAUGAAGGUCACAUUACAAGAUGAUCAUUGAUCACUUAGACCAAUAACGUAUCAAUUGUGCAAUGUAUAUCACUCUUGUCUCAUAUUUCUCGAGAUCGAUAACAUAAACCGACUUUAGACAGUGUGUCACUACAGUAAUGCACAUUUCUCGUUGUAAACCCGAGUUCGAGUGAUCCUAGCAACUAUACAGUAGGUCACCUUUGUAGUGGAAACUAUCAAUGGGCGAUAAACAGACCGAAUUUUCACUCUUACCCAAAAUAAUCAAUGGAGGUAUCGCCGGCAUUAUUGGAGUAUCCUGUGUAUUUCCACUCGAUCUCGUUAAAACCAGACUACAAAAUCAACAGAUCGGGCCUAAUGGAGAACGGAUGUAUACAUCAAUGUUCGACUGCUUCAAGAAAACAUACAAAGCGGAAGGAUACUUCGGCAUGUACCGAGGAUCGGCUGUUAAUAUCUUACUAAUAACACCGGAAAAAGCUAUAAAGUUGGCCGCUAAUGACUUCUUCCGACAUCAUCUACAAACCAGAGAAGGAACUCUUCCAAUGAUAAGACAAAUGGCUGCCGGAGGUCUAGCAGGCUUCUGCCAAAUUAUCAUAACAACACCCAUGGAACUCCUAAAGAUUCAAAUGCAGGAUGCUGGACGUGUAGCAGCACAAGCCAAAAGCACUGGAAAAGUAAUUCCUAAAAUGACAGCGACUAAAAUAGCUAUAGACUUGCUUAAAAAACACGGCAUAAUUGGGUUAUAUAAGGGUAUAGGGGCGACCAUGGUAAGGGACGUCUCGUUUUCUGUGGUAUAUUUUCCCUUAUUCGCUACGCUUAAUGACCUAGGACCACGAAAAAAGGACGGUUCUGGCGAGGCUGUGUUUUGGUGUUCAUUCCUCUCAGGAUGUGCUGCGGGAUCUUUCGCAGCUUUAGCGGUAAAUCCUUGCGACGUUGUAAAGACCAGACUACAAGCGUUAACAAAGGCAGAGGGAGAGAGAGCUUAUUCUGGUAUAAUGGACGCUACAAUCAAAAUUAUGAAAUACGAGGGUCCACUAGCGUUCUUUAAAGGAGGAGCCUGCAGGAUGAUCGUGAUAGCACCCCUAUUUGGUAUUGCUCAAAUGGUUUACUACUUAGGAGUUGCAGAAGCCUUGUUGGGAAUUAAACGUGGAUAAAAAUACAUUUCUUCUGAGAUUAUUGUAGCAAUUUUUAAGUAAUAAUCGUCGUAUAAUUCAAAGUUGGUCAUUUUAAUUUUUCUACCAAUUUGUUUGAUUCUUUGAUUUUUGGUUCGUUGUAGAACCUGUUGUUUGUAAAAUAAUUAAACAUGAACACUGUCCUACAAUCUUGCCUAAUGCCAACCUAAACUUAGUCAAUUAGUGAAAUUGGGGAAGAGGAAUGUUUUUUGACGGUUGCAUUUUUGUUAUGUCUUUUGGGAAUGUUAUGGCCGUACAUAGUCUUCAAAUGCAGUAUUAAUAUGCAAUGAUCGUUUCCAUUAUGUUGUAUUUUUCAGCAUGUUAUUUAUUAACAGCAGCAAUAAGUUUUUAUUGUACAUGAACAAAUACGGAUAAAAAUUUAAACUAGUCAAUGGUAAAGUCAAUACUCGCAGUUUAGGUGAAAAUUUUGAUUUUUUGCAUACAUAUUGCUAUAAGAACUAUACUUUGGAACUACGUUAGUAUAGUUAUUUCGCAGAGCUAUUACAAGGAGAUUUUUAUCAUCUCAGUUAUCGAUUUUUUUAAUGCUAAAAACUAGUGCAAGACAAUAUACUGUUUUUAGGUCGUAGAUUGUUAGAUGUAUAACUGUAGGUAAUUUUAUUUGUCUUAAAUUGAUAUUAAAUUAAAAUGCCAAAUGAAUAAUAGUUCCAUUUUUUUUAAUUGAAACUUUUAUUUUUGUAUUAUACGUAUAUUGUUGACACUAAAGUACCUACACUAUUAUAAGCGCCUGUUGAGCAUACAUCAAAAAUGUUAGCGAUUUUGCUCUGUUGGCUCAUAUUUAAAAAAGUUAAAAACCCAAUUUUUUUUAGCAAAAAUUACUAGAAAUUUCAAUGAUGAUUUCACUUUUUGCUCUCAAAAACUAUCUUGAUAAUAAUUAAUGCAAAAUUCCCAAAAAUUUUGUGAAGUUUUUUAAAAAUCAUAAAAAUCGGACAAUGGAGGAAAUUCUAAAGUUUUUCAAUUAUAUAAUUUUUUGUAUUUCUCUGAUAUUUUCACUGGCCGCAACUCCAACAGGAAUUUUCAGUCCAUAAUGAAUACAUUUUUUUUUUUUCGGUUUUACGACCCGAGCCUAAGCUAAGAAAGUAUUGUAAUCGAGUCCAUCGGGCGACGGGAUAUUUUCAUAUUGUGAAUUAAUUAUCAAGGGAGUUUUUGAGAGCAAAAAAUUUUAGUAAUUUUUCCUAAAAAAUAGGGUUUUAGCUGUUUUAAUAUACCGUAAAAACAUGGUAAAACAGUUAAAAUUUUUGGUGUGCUCUUAAUAAGCUCUUAUAGUACCUAGUGAGUACAACUAUUCCGGAUAAAUUAAAUCGUUAUUUAUUGUUGCAGAUUAACCGAUUUCGUCACAUUUUAUCAAUAUUUUUGAUAUGCGUAUAAAGUGUGUCCAAUAUCGGCUGAUUUGAUUUAUGUUACUUGGAACAAUGUAUGAUCAAAAGUAUAAUUGCUGUAGACAUUC